UAAAAAGAAUACAGAUCGCUGUUGUUGAAUUGUUUGCAUUUGUUAAAUAAAGGAAUAAAGUCUGCAAAGAGAUUUAAAAGGAAAAGAAAAAAAAAUCAGAUUUGAUCAUGCUGACACUUCGAUGGGAAGUUUAAACACUUCCCAAAGUCAAGCUAUCGUGUACAUAAUAACAUGCGGUCAGUCAUUUUUGUCUUGAGGGCGCGCUCGCCUUUUUUGACUCAACCGACAUCAUUAUCGUCAGCUUUCGGAAUGUCGUCCCGCAGCAUUCCGAGCUCGCCACCGCGACAAAUGCAUUCCUCGCCUCAGACCGAUGAUAUUGUUUCGACUGCGCAACGUUACAGCCGUCGUCUGACCCAAUUGUCCCGCGUCGUUCCCGGCGACGCGGCUCUAUCACAACAUGACGGGCCAAUUGGGAGAAGUUGGGCCGUCCCGCCGUGCUUUUGUCUCCCUCCAAGGAACCACUUCACUCGCUCGGACACUUUAGGCCCUCGAAGCCCCUCCGGUGGGGGGGGGGGGGGGGGGCGGGACGGGACAGCGCUCCGAUUGGUCCUCGCCCACCCUGUUAGGAGCUGUCGGCCAAUCGAGUUUGCAUCAGGCAGGAACAUCGCAGACCAUCAGAGAUCCACUGAAAAGUUUUCUUCACAAGUGAUGUCCAUCAUGGAGGUGCCCAGGAUGCUCCCACCAGUGCCUUACCCCAGCACUAUUCUUAAGCCCUCUCUCUCUACUCGGGGCACUGCGGAGAAGCUCUCCCCGAACGAGCCACCGCCGGAACAAGAGAAGCCCCAGGACGAGAACGAUCUCGAAGACAAUCUGUUUGGAGAGGAGGAGGAGGAGAGGAGGAGGAGGAGGAGGAGGAGAAGAUGCACAGAUGUGACAAUUUCCUCAGCGGAGGAGGUGGAAAGGACCGCAGAGGAGGAGAAGGCGGCCGAGGAGAGGGCGGCGCAGAGGCAGCUGAUGGCCGUCCAGGAGUUGGUGCAGUCUGAGAGGAAUUACCUGAGAAUGCUGCAGGUCAGCACAGUGACCAUCAGGAGCAACCUGCAGAAGCUACAGCCUCCGCCGGCGAACCUGGACAGCAUCUUCCUGUACGUGGAGGAUGUGAUGGACGUGUCCGGUCGGCUCCUCAGUCUGCUAGAUCAGAAGAAUCUCCAGCCUGGAGAGCCGCUCUUCCUCGAGGCGCUGUGUGAGACGUUCCUCAGCCUGUCCUCCAACAUCGAGGCAGCCUACAAGGAGUACCUGGCCAACUACAACCAGGUCAUCGUGGUAGAGAACUCCUACAAACAGAAGGAGGCACUGUGGGACCAGAUCGUCAAAGUCAUCAAAGCGUCGGCGCCUGAAGUGAACGCCAGCUCGCUGAGUUUCUUCCUGGUGACGCCCGUCCAGCGCAUCGCCCGCUACCCUCUCCUCCUGCAGACCAUCCAGAAGCACACGGACACGCGGCACCCGGCGUACGCCCUGCUGGAGCAGACGGCGCACACCUCCAUCGCCAUCAACUGUCGCAUCAAUGAGUACAAGCGUUUCAGGGAAGUCGCUGACAAAUACAAGAAGAGCGAGACAUUGAGCAUCAUGGACAAGAUCAACCGCUUGAACUCGCACAGCAUCGCGAAGAAGACCGCCCGCAUGGGACAGUUCCUCAAACACGAGACCGGCAUGGUUCCCAAGCUGGUAGACGAGGAGUUUGACGCACUAGAAGGCUUCUUUUACGUCCUCGAGCACGGCAUCUUGCAGCUGCUGGACAACGUGGAGCUCUACCUCCACCACCUCCAGACUUUCUCGAACUGCAAAACGGAGGAGUUUGACCUGGACAUGGACGGGGAGAAGGUGCCCAUUUGCUAUAAGGAGAUCACCACUGGACUCCGACAGUGGAUCCUGCCUGUAUUUGAAGAGAGGACGAGGACGUUAAUCCACAAGCCGCUGUGCGCACUCCGCGACCUCCUGGUGGGCCCGAGGAACCUGAUCCGCAAGAGGCUGCACAAGCUGCUUGACUACGAAGUGAUCGAGGCCAAGCCUUGCCUGAGUUACGACGAGCAGGCCGUCGCCAACACGUACAGGACGAUGAACACGUUGCUGCUCAACGAGCUUCCCAAGUUUAACGGCUUGGCACUGCAGAUGAUCUGGAGCAUGCUGGGAACGUUCAGCUGUCUGCACAAAGACCUGGCCUCUGACUUGGAGCAGCUCUUCCAGAGCUUCGCCCAGCAGCUUCCUCACAGCUCUUUAGACGCAAGUGCAUUCUGGGAGUGGGCCGAGACGGCGGUGCUGGAAGGGGCGAGGAGCCUGGACGCUUUGGGUCAAAGUGUGGAGGAGACGCUACUGGGGCCUGCCUCUCAGCCUCUGAACUCGUCCUCACAGCAGCGCUUCCGGCUGCUGACGGACAAGCACGGCUCGGACAAGAUCUACCAGGUGCUGAGCGCAGCGGUCGGCGGCCGAGACCUGGACCUCACGCUCGCCAAGGGAGAGCUCGUGGCCGUCAUCGGCCGGGCGGAUACCCGAGGAGACAGACGCAGGUGGCUGGUGGACGCCGGGGGCAGACGAGGCUACGCGCCGGCCUCCAGGUUGAGCCGCUAUCACGGGGCGGAGGAGGAGGAGCCGCCCCCCUCGCCCCACCCGAGCCUCCCGCAGAGCGCCAGCAGCGCCAGGAGACACUCGUACACCGCCGAGCUCCCACGACGUGCGACGACAACGGCGGCGGCGGCGGCGGCGGCACUCAGCCGGCCGUGCUUCCAGGUAUUUGCGGCGUACGGCUUCGCGGCACGAGGGAACCACGAAGUCUCGGUGGCGGCGGGCGAACCGGUGCGCGUCCUGGAGCCUCACGACAAGCGAGGCAACCGCGAGUGGAGCCUGGUGGAGGUGCGAGGCCGGCAGAGGGGCUACGUUCCCUCCAACUACCUCGCAGUGGCGCCCGUGGCGGGCACGCUCGCCGCCCGCCACCCGUCCUGCUAGCGCUUCCGCGGCAACAGGUUAGCCUACGUCCUCAUCCACACAGCAGUAGUUGCUCGUUAAACUGGAUGCGUGCGCAAAAUGGAACGCAAACGUUACUACGAGUGGAACCAGGUACUGUGAAAACGAGUCAAAAACAGUACAAACAACAACAAAAAUCUAUUUAAAAAAAAAAAAAAAAAACCAUCCAAAAAACAAGUCCAUUGAAGUAAAAAUCAAGUCAAAAUUGUAUAAACAAAACCCCACCCCAAAAAAACAAGUACAAAAUACAACAACCUCAAAUCAAAUGAAUGUCUGGACAAAUAUGAAGUACAAAAUAAAUCAAAACAUACAAGAACUAACAAAACCAAUUAGACUGAAGAAAAUUAAAAACCAGGUCAAAAAAAGUUUUUUAAACAAACAAAAAAAAAGUCAAACCAUGGUUUUAUGUUUCUUGUUUCUUGACAUGGUUUUUGACAGUUCUUGAUUCUUGACUUGAUUUUUCACCGUUUUAAAUUGGAUUCUUGACUUAUUUUUUUUACUUGGUUCUUAUCUCGGUUUUUGACUGCUUUUCAUUUUUUGACUGUUUAGACUGACUCCUGACUUGAUGUUUGACUGUUUUCGACCGUUCUUAGCUUGGUUUUUGACCUGGUUUUUGACCGCUUUCAACUAGUUCUUGACUUGAUUUUUACUUUAUUCUUCGCUGUUUUUCAAAAUUGGUUUGCAUCCUGACUUGGUUCUUGACUGCUGUUUGACUUGAUUUUCAAUUGUUUUUUUUUUUUUUUUGGGAGGCGGGGGGCACUAUAGUUUAGUAAUUGGUCAGAAUUGUUGGAAUUGGCGGCCGCAUGUUUGUUGUUAGCCAGCUAGCGGCUACGCUGGCGUCCCUGGAUAGACGCUGAAGGACCAGAUGCUGCUUGUUGCCCUGGAGACCGCUUCACUCAAUGCAGAUCACGUGACCGUGAAGAGACCCCACAGUGGAAUGUCAGCGAAAUGAAGGAAAGAACACUGCAAAAUGAUGCCUCUUCUGUGCAUUUGACCUGUUUUGUAUUUAAUUUUAAUUUUAAUUUUAGAAGGGCUCCAAUGUACAUUAUAUGAAGGUAAGUUUCUGUCAUUGCACUACUGAACAAAAGACGCGUCAGCAUUAGGUAGGACUGAUAUCGUAAAUAGUCUGCUCCAAGGUAAGCAUGCAAAGUAGAAAUAAACAGAAUGAAAAAAAAUAUUCCAUAGAGUUUGAAAAAAAAUAAAUAAAUAAAAAUAAGGCAGUGUACGUGGCAUUAAAACGGUCGCUUGUUAUACACUUCUCAGGUUGCUUUAGGUUCAGCUAUUCUACAUGUUAAUGACAGAUUAUUCAUGCUAAAUAAUGCAAAUAACAAAUAUUUUCAUCAGCUAUUUUUUCCCAAAAUGGAUUAUGGUUCAGUUACCGCUUUUGUCCGUAACAUCUCAGAAAAUAGGGGGGAAAAUGUUGAUCAUUGUUUGCCCAAAGUAAAAACAGAUGUUUGCAAAUGUCUCAUUUUGAUAAUCAGUCUGCUUUCAUGAAGGACUCCAGAAAUCAGAGAAUAUUUACUGUUGAGGGGCUGAAUUUAGAUUUAAUUUAAAAUUAAAUAUGGGCUUAUAGUUCAAAUAAACAGAAUGACUUGACUACUAGAAAUAAUCCACAGAAUUAAAAAAAAAAAAAAAAAGGAAAACAAAAAAGACCACACUGUGGUUGGGCACACGCGCACACAACUUAAGUGUUAUAUGAGUAAUGCGAUUGCUCCUCUCGUCUGUUAUUCACUGUAACCGCCGUCUUGCGCAGCAUGAAUAAACACGAUGACUGCAAAUAAUCCACAGAGUAAAAGAAAACCCUGUGGCACACAAAUUACAUCCUGCAAUCGAUGCAGUCGCUUCUCGGGAGGAGGACGAUAAAUAAUCCACAAAGUCAAACGCGAUUGCUAUUUCGAAUAACAGCCACCUUCCAUCGUAGAAAUACAUACAAGUAGAAAUAAUACAAUACGAAAUGUAUUAUAGUAUUGCAAAUGAUAUAACGCCAGAGUUAAAAUACUGUCAGAUUCUGCAAAUAGUUUACAGUCGGCCCAGUGCAUGCUGGGAAUAUUAACAAGACCGUUUUGCGUGUGUUACAUCGUAUGGCGUGUGCGUGUGCGUUGUCAGUAUUAACACCAAAAUUUGUAUAUAUGUUGAAUGAUUGUUUUUCUUUCUUUUAUUUUUUAUUUUUUUUUAACUGUUUGUUUGAUGAUUAACUUAUUGGCGACAUCACAAAUGUCCAUCUUGUUGAAUGUAGCAGCGUGUUAUUGCGAAAGAGACUUCAAUAAAACUAAACUCCAACUCA